AUGAAUGGAAAGGACUGGUGUGUUGUAGCUUGGACACCUGAGAGUGGCCAAGGCUGUGGUGCAGGUGAUUCAGGCGACACCAGUGCUCUAGAAUGUACAUGUUGUGUGAUCUGUCUCUGUGUCUACUGGCAGGUUACCUCAGAGCAACACACGCCCCACAUCAAACCAUGGAAUCCAAUCAACAUUACCACAAGGAGAAAUCUCUUGAGGCAAUUCAACACCACCCAACAGCGGGGUGCCCGGCCCGAGGUCACCGUCCCCACUAAUGCUGGGGUGUCAUGGAGUCUGCUCACUGUGGCUGCCAGCGAGGGCCACGAGCACCUGCUGUCUCUCUUACUGCAGGCAGGGUUAAGCAUAGAAGGUGGAGGCACCACUGACAGGACACCGCUGAUGAUGGCUGCCCAGAAUGGCCACGCCCAUACACAGUGUGUGGCGGCCCUCUUGCCCGUCACCUCUUCCACUCCCGCACACCCCGAGGCACACACCCCGGUGCACCUCGCCAGUUAUUAUGGCCACGUGGAGGUACUGGAGCAGCUGGCAGGAGCUGGCUGGCCCCUCACUGCCAGGGACAGUGAUGGCAACACACCCAUGCACUCUGCUGCGGCCGGGGGUAGAGUGACAUGUGUGCAGUGGCUGGUGCAGCGAGGCAGUGACACAAGCAUGCAAAAUAAUGCUGGACACACCCCGCUUGACGAACAGUGUGUGGCGGCCCUCUUGCCCGUCACCUCUCCCACUCCCGCACACCCCGAGGCACACACCCCGGUGCACCUCGCCAGUUAUUAUGGCCACGUGGAGGUACUGGAGCAGCUGGCAGGUGCUGGCUGGCCCCUCACCGCCAGGGACAGUGAUGGCAACACACCCAUGCACUCUGCUGCGGCCGGGGGUAGAGUGACAUGUGUGCAGUGGCUGGUGCAGCGAGGCGGUGACACAAGCAUGCAAAAUAAUGCUGGACACACCCCGCUUGACGAGGUAGGCAGUGCGGAGGGGCAGGAGGGUGGACGUAUGCAAACUGUCUUACGAUCUGGUUCAAAGUUUAACAGAUAG